AUGAUGCAGCAUGGGAACAGAUUUUUAGUGUGCAACAGAUGUAAGCGGGUAGACACGCUUCUUCUGACUCACUAUGCUGUCUCUCCCCUCUUCCCCCCCUGCGCUGCCCCAAAGGAGUUUUGGCCAUGGCGUGGUGUCCCAUGCUGUCUCUCCUCCCUCUUCUCCCCACACUGCCCCACAGGAGUGUUGGCCAUGGCAUGGUGUCCCAGUGACAGCGGGCUGCUGCUUUCAUGCGCCAAGGACAACCGCACCCUCUGCUGGGACACGUCCGUUGGGGAGGUGCUCUGUGAGUUACCAGCAGGCACCAACUGGAACUUCGACCUGCAGUGGUCGCCACGCGUGCCGGGGCUGCUCUCCGCCUCCUGCUUCGACGGCCACGUCUCACUCUACAACAUCGAGGUGCGUCUCUCACUCUACAACAUCGAGGUGCGUCUCUCACUCUACAACAUCAAGGUGAGUUGCUUCACAGCAUUCACGCGUGAGCUUCUUUGGUCGCCACGCGUGCCGGAGCUGCUCUCCGCCUCCUGCUUCGACGGCCACGUCUCACUCUACAACAUCAAGGUGCAUCAUGCUUAUGUUGCGCCUUUCUUUCUUGUUGGGUCUUUGAAACGUUUCCUCCACCCCUCCCCUCCUGUCUUUAUUGUUGCUGCUCUGCCCCAUCUCUGGCAGUCCGCCAGCAGCAAGGAGUCGGACUUUGGGGCGUCGCUUGCCAACAGAACGCCCAUGGCCACAUCCCGCGCGCCCAAGUGGCUGAAGCGGCCGUGCGGAGCAACCUUUGGCUUCGGCGGGCGGCUGCUGUGCUUUGGAAGCAAGGCGGGGCAGGCGGGGGCGCAGGUGUCGGUGCACAGUGUGGUGACGGAGGAGGGCGUGGUGGCCCGCGCUGACGAGUUUGAAGCUGCCGUUGCAGGCGGUGACAGGGAGAAUCUGAAGGCCUUCUGCCAACACAAGGCGCAGCUCGCCAUUGCACCAGAGGACAGGGAGACGUGGGAUUUCCUGACGGUCCUCUUUGAAGACGAUGCACGCCGCAAGCUGCUGGCACACCUCGACUUCCCCCCCAUCCACAUCCCCAACCCCACCCUGCCCCCCGCCGAAGACCCCACCGCUGCUGCUGAAACUGAAGCAGCAGCAGCAGCAGCAGCAGAGGGGGCGGCAGGAGGGGAGGCGGGAGCAGAGGCGGCAGCAGCAGGAGUUGGAGGUCUGUCUCUUGACGGUGCUGGUGGUGAUGGAGGGGGGGUUGUGGCAGGGACAGGGCUGGAUGGGAUCCCGUCCGCCACUGGCGACGUUGACUUCUUUGACAAUCUUGCCGGCAGCACCACUCCCGGCGCUACAGCCGCCGCUGCAGCCGCAGUGGGGACAGCACAAGGGGAAGCUCCGGGGGAAAAUGGCGAGGUAACCGGCGACGGAGCAGGGGAGGGUGAGGCGGAGGAGGAGGAGGAAGAGGAGGAGGAAGAGGAGGAGGAGGGAGGAGGGGAGUGGGAGGGCGAGGUGCAGAGGGCACUGGUGGUGGGGAACUAUGAGGCGGCGGUGGAGAGGUGUCUAGCAGCGGGCAGGGUGGCGGACGCGCUGGUGCUGGCGGCGGUGGCGGGGUUUAAUUCCGACCUCUGGGCGCGCACGCAGCGCUGGUACCUCCGCCGCCACCGCCGCCGCUCCUUCCUCAAGGUGGAUGCGGUGCGCAAGGCCUGCAGACGUUUGCUUCGUUUGUGCCUCCUCCUCCUCCUCCUCGCCCCUUGCACCCGAGUACCUCAAUCCCUUCUUCCCCUUCUUUCCUCCCUCAUCCCUCCCCAACUUUCCCUUGUCCACUCUUUCUUCUCCUCCCCCCUCUCCGCACAUCUUUUCCUCUCCGCACAUCUUUUCCUCUCCUCACAUCUUUUCCUCUCCUCACAUCUUUUCCUCUCCUCACAUCUUUUCCUCUCCGCACAUCUUUUCCUCUCCUCACAUCUUUUCCUCUCCGCACAUCUUUUCCUCUCCUCACAUCUUUUCCUCUCCGCACAUCUUUUCCUCUCCUCACAUCUUUUCCUCUCCGCACAUCUUUUCCUCUCCUCACAUCUUUUCCUCUCCGCACAUCUUUUCCUCUCCGCACAUCUUUUCCUCUCCGCACAUCUUUUCCUCUCCUCACAUCUUUUCCUCUCCUCACAUCUUUUCCUCUCCGCACAUCUUUUCCUCUCCUCACAUCUUUUCCUCUCCGCACAUCUUUUCCUCUCCUCACAUCUUUUCCUCUCCUCACAUCUUUUCCUCUCCGCACAUCUUUUCCUCUCCGCACAUCUUUUCCUCUCCUCACAUCUUUUCCUCUCCUCACAUCUUUUCCUCUCCUCACAUCUUUUCCUCUCCGCACAUCUUUUCCUCUCCGCACAUCUUUUCCUCUCCGCACAUCUUUUCCUCUCCGCACAUCUUUUCCUCUCCGCACAUCUUUUCCUCUCCGCACAUCUUUUCCUCUCCUCACAUCUUUUCCUCUCCUCACAUCUUUUCCUCUCCGCACAUCUUUUCCUCUCCUCACAUCUUUUCCUCUCCGCACAUCUUUUCCUCUCCGCACAUCUUUUCCUCUCCGCACAUCUUUUCCUCUCCUCACAUCUUUUCCUCUCCUCACAUCUUUUCCUCUCCGCACAUCUUUUCCUCUCCUCACAUCUUUUCCUCUCCGCACAUCUUUUCCUCUCCUCACAUCUUUUCCUCUCCUCACAUCUUUUCCUCUCCUCACAUCUUUUCCUCUCCUCACAUCUUUUCCUCUCCUCACAUCUUUUCCUCUCCUCACAUCUUUUCCUCUCCUCACAUCUUUUCCUCUCCUCACAUCUUUUCCUCUCCGCACAUCUUUUCCUCUCCGCACAUCUUUUCCUCUCCUCACAUCUUUUCCUCUCCUCACAUCUUUUCCUCUCCUCACAUCUUUUCCUCUCCUCACAUCUUUUCCUCUCCUCCACAGCUGCUGAAUGUGGUGGUGGCGAGUGA